AUGAACGCCAGGAUCUUGUUCUUGCUUGUUUGUUCUGCGGCAUUUCUCGCUGGGCUGCAGUGCGCCUCGCCAAGGACCACAGCCGGGACGGAUUCCACCACCUCCGGCUCCAGCAACACCAGCAGCAGCGGUGGUGGUGGUGGUGGUGGUGGUGGUGGUAACAGUGGGGAAACCGGGGGCAAAAGAGACUUGAACCAGACCAUAAACUCCAGAAUCAAAAGGAGAACCCUCUCUGUGGAUUUUGCGGUGCCCUCCCUGUUGCGCAAUUACCUGGCGGAGUUCAUCCAGAGACCGCUGAACGGGGACUGCCCGACUUUCAGAGGAUGUUACACAGUCAUCGCCAACUUGAAAAUGCACUGCAUCCCCCUGCAGAAAACCGUCGCCACUUUUGUGGAGCCCGGUUCCGCUGCUGCAGAUUCAGCACCGAGGAACGUGUCCGCGGAGGGACAGCUCCCCUUCUUCUACCAGCGGCCGCUGUCCAAAGUUCUGAAACUGGGCCUGACGAAAGACAGCAGGAACUCCAACCUCGUGGUGGUGGAGAUCGGAGAGGAUAUAGUGAAGACGGGAUGCGGGGGGCUGUCCGUGCACGAGGAGGCCCCGGAGCUCACCCUGGAGAUGGACCUCACGUCCGUCAUGGAGGGGUGGCUGGGCGCGGAGGGGGGGCGGCUCCGGGUCCGCCUCAUGCCCGAGAAGAAGGCGCAGGUGCCCGGGAUCGAGGAUCGGUACACGGCGGCCAUACGCGCUGCAGACCCGCGCCUCUUCUUACAGAUAGCUUCUCAGGGUGAAGGUUUGGCAGGCAGGACUGCUGCUGGCAUUCCUAGAGGGUACUGGAACUUCUCCUGGGUGGCAGAAGAUGACCUGAGCUUCCUACACAACGCCCCGCCGCUGUCAGAUCACAGAUGCCCUGGCAACAGUAGAACAUGUGACCAGCAGCUGGACAGCAUCCCAGAGUUCACGUGGAGCAUAGUGGCUGCCGGGGACCUGCGGGAGGAAAGGAAUGAGAAAGCAGAAAAGAAGACAGGAAGUCCCCAGGGUUGGGAGGAAGGUAAGAACGAAGGUCAGUUCCUCUGGGUGAACAAUUCAGCCUUUGGUGGUCCCUGGGUUCUGAGUCCGUGGCUGUGGGGAGGGCAAGUUCCCUGUAGCCUGGACUUGGCCAUGUUCCUCCACCCAAAACAAAGUGGCCAAUACACCAUAUGGCUCAUAGAGCGGGACAAAUCGCCACGGGCCCUCUUGUCCACUGACACCCUCCCACGCAUCACAGGCUGGGCAGUGGUCCACCUCACCCUGGGCACACAUGGGGGAUCUCCCUUCCGGCUCUCAGCCAGCUACGACCAGCGGGUCCCACAGGACGACACGGCCACGAUCGAGCCCCACUUCACCACCAACUGCACCAUGGCAUCCUCACCUGGCCCAAACAUCACCCUGGAGGGUCAGUACAACUGUCACCAGGGACCUGGGAUCCCAUUGGACAAACUGUGUGACUUCAAUACAGAUUGUCCACUCGGCGAUGACGAAGGCGAACUAUGCCGCCACUUUCUCAAUGGCAGCUACUGCUCUUUUGAAGACAGCGAGUGCAGCUGGCAGCCGGUAAUGGGCCGUGGUCUCUCCUGGAGAAGAGUCCAGUCUCCAGCCAAGGCUACCAAGCAGAGCUGCCCGUCAUCAGGUGCUACAUUCAUUGUGGAGGGAGGCCAGUCCAAAGGCCAACGUGGCUCGGCAGUACUGAGGAGCCCUCUCUUCCCACCUCCUCUCAGAAACUCCCCGUGCACGGUGCGGUUCUGGCUAUGUUCCGGAGGCUCACAGAAGGGGUCGCUGUCUCUGUGGAUCAUGGAGAACAGUACAGGUCCUGAGGAACAGCGCAGACUGUGGCAGUCAGCAAGUGAACCUAAAUCUGAAAGGGGCUGGAAACUCAUCAUACUUCCUCUUUAUGGGCUGACGGAUUGGUUCUGGCUGCAGUUCGGCACAGAGGAUGGACCUGGACCCGGCUCAGCUGUCUCUCUUGACAACAUCUCUUUCAGUAUGGACUGCUUCCUGGCAUCCAAUGGCGAAUUUCCUCCGGUGGUCACCAGCACAACCCUGCUACCACCCAAGAAGACGACAGACACGUCCAUUGGAAAUCCUUUGAUGAAAUUCCCCACCCCAGAUGACUCCAUGAAAUGGAUUUUUCAUACCUGUGGGGCUGUGGGCCCCGAAGGCCCGACGCCCUCUCAGUGCCUCAGCUCCUACAGGAACAGUAAUGUCAACGUGACUGUCAGCACCCGAGGGCCCUUCCAAGGCAUUCAAAUGUGGCGGGUCCCAGAAACUGGCACCUACAGGAUCACAGCGUACGGUGCAGCUGGUGGUCGCAGCGUAUUGGCCAUGAGCAGGUCACAUGGUGUAUACAUCACUGGAGACUUCCUGCUAAGGAAAGGAGAUCUGAUCUACAUCCUAGUGGGACAAAAAGGAGAAGACGCAUGCCCUAAUGCCAAUGGCAUACUGAAUAAGAUCUGCCUGGAACAGAGCAGCCCAAUGGUGAACAAGACUCAAGUGAAAGGGGGAGGAGGAGGGGGCGGAGGUGCCACCUAUGUAUUCAAGGUGAACAAAGAUGUGCACAUCCCCCUCAUCAUUGCUGCUGGGGGAGGAGGCCGGGGAUACAGCAGCCAAUCAAAAACCCAGCUGGAGCAGAUGGACUAUGACCCCAGUCAGCCUGGACGCAAUGGGAAGUCGAGCGCAGCAGGUGGAGGCGGGGGUUGGAAUGAUAGCACUCCUGUCACUCAGGGUGGCCGACCACUGGUGCUGGGAGGCCAGGGAGGGCAGGCCUGUCAAAAGUACUGGCAGACCCGUGGGGGCUUCGGAGGCGGCGGUGGCGGCUGCAUGUCCGGUGGGGGCGGUGGAGGCUUCAGAGGUGGUAACACGUCCUUAGGUAACAACCCCAAACAUGAUGGUGAUGAUGGUACUUCUUUUCUGGGUCCAGAAGGAGAGUCCUUCCUCUAUCCUCUGAAAGCUAUGGAGGGUGACGGUGAGGUGAUCAUCAGUCCAGUGGAGAACUGCAGCCACUGUGAAAGCGGUGAAUGCCAUAAGACCAAUGACAACAUCGAGUGCUACUGUGACGAUGACCUCAUCUUGGCACCAGACGGAGUCUCCUGCAUCAACGCUACAGUGGUGUCCCUGCUGCUCCCCCAGCCGUCUCUCUCCCACCUGGCACUGGGUCUGUCUGUCGGCACCUCGGCCCUCAUCGCCGCGCUGCUGCUGGCCGUGUCCGGAGUCAUGAUAAUGUACAGGCGUAAACAUACAGAGCUGCAGUCCAUUCAGCUGGAGCUGCAGAGUCCGGACUGCAAGCUCAGUAAACUCCGCGCCUCCACCAUCAUGACCGACUACAACCCCAACUACUGCUUCGCCGGCAAAACGGCAUCCGUCAGCGACCUGAAGGAAGUGCCCCGACGCAACAUCUCCCUCACCAGGGGCCUGGGUCACGGUGCUUUUGGUGAAGUGUACGAGGGGCUGGUAGUGGGGAUACCAGGUGAACCAAGUCCACUGCACGUGGCAGUUAAGACCCUCCCCGAGGUUUGCUCUGAGCAGGAUGAAUUGGAUUUUCUCAUGGAGGCUCUGAUCAUCAGUAAAUUCAGCCACCAGAACAUUGUGCGUUGUGUAGGAGUGAGUCUGCAGAACAUGCCCAGGUUCAUACUGCUGGAGCUGAUGACAGGGGGAGAUCUCAAGAGUUUCCUAAGGGAGACCAGACCCAGACUGGAGCACCCGUCCAGUUUGAGCAUGGUGGACCUGCUCAACGUGGCCAGAGACAUCGCUAAAGGCUGCCACUAUCUGGAGGAGAACCAGUUUAUACACAGGGACAUUGCAGCACGGAACUGCCUCCUGACCUGCAAAGGAGGCGGCCGCACGGCUAAGAUUGGAGACUUUGGGAUGGCUCGAGACAUUUACAGGGCGAGCUACUACAGGAAGGGGGGGCGUGCCAUGCUGCCAGUGAAGUGGAUGCCACCUGAAGCCUUCAUGGAGGGCAUCUUCACAUCUAAAACGGACACGUGGUCAUUCGGGGUUCUGCUGUGGGAGAUCUUCUCGUUGGGCUACAUGCCAUAUCCAAGUCGCAGCAACCAGGAAGUUCUGGAGUUUGUCACUAAUGGUGGAAGAAUGGACCCUCCGAAAAACUGCCCUGGGCCGGUGUACCGUAUCAUGACACAGAGUUGGCAGCACCAGCCUGAAGACAGGCCCAACUUCUCAACUAUCCUGGAGAGAAUCGACUACUGCUUACAGGACCCUGAUGUGGUGACCAUGCCACUGCCUGUAGAGUAUGGGCCCAUCCCUGAGGAGGAGGAGCGCGUACCCAUGCGCCCUGAUGACCCCUCAGCUCCAACUGUGCUGGUCAAUGCCCAGGUGCCUGAUGGGGAGGCUCUACACCCCCCGCCACCAUCUUAUCCUGCAGAGGAGAGCCGCAGAGGUGGGGAACACGCUGCUGUGACAAGCGCAGCGCCGGAGGCCAAAGCACAGACCUCAGCCCAGCCCCAGCCGUACCUCCACCAGCACCAGCAGCCUCACCCACAGGCCUGCAUCACCAUGACGACCACUAACGCCGUCACCUCCACAGCCGCCGCUACACUCACAGCUAAAGGACCUCAUGUCACUACCCAGCCGAGCCCAGCGGAGGGGGGGCACAUCAACCUGGCGUUCACCCAAGGCCACCAGGUAGACAAGGACGGCCACAACGGGAAGAGCACCACUCUGUGGAACCCCACGUAUGGGUCCUGGUUCCUGCAGCAGCAGCAGAGGAAGCAGCAGCAGCAGCAGCAGCAGCAACAGCAGCAGCAUCAGCAGCUGCAGAGGCAGGGAGGGGUGGGCGGAGCCGGAGGCAGCGUCGGCAGGGUUCCUGGCGAGGGACAGGAGCACAUGGGCCGGACGGUGGCUGAGGUGGCCCAGCACCAGCACAAGCAGUUCCAGCACCAGCUCCAGCAGCAGCACCAACUCCAGCUACUGCACCAUCAGCAGCAGCAGCAGCAGCAGCAGCAGCAGCAGCAGCAGCAGGGUCUCUGCAGACCCUUGUUAGCACCCCCACCACCUCAUGCUGCACAGUCCCCUCUGCUGUUAGAUUCUGCCGCUCUCCCCCCGGUGCCCCUCUACAGACUGAGACGAUUCCCCUGCGGUAACAUCGGCUACGGUUACCAGGAGCAAGGCCUGCCGCCCGAGGUCGCCCACGGCAACCCUAACCCUCCUCCUCUGCCUGCUCCCUCCCAACAGGGCACCUCCAUGUCGUCCUCGGCAGCUCACCAGAGGGGAGCCUCUGUUCCCACUUCGAUGACGUUGGGCCGGCCAGGUGUGUCCGAGGACAGCCGCCCGCUGCUCGUCACCAUGGGGACGGUGCAGGACCCCAGGCUGCCCAGGAUGGAGGGCCACAACGCCACAGUGCUUUAG